AUGUUUCCCUUUCAAUAUAGUGUAAGGAAUCUUUUCCUGAAGAAAUGUAGAGCACUGCCAAGCAGUUUAACAAGGCGAUUUAGCAGUUCUGAUUCAUGUAACGAAAGGAUAGAAGUGAGCAGAAUUAGAAAUUUUAGUAUAGUAGCGCAUGUGGAUCAUGGUAAAAGUACUUUAGCUGAUAGAUUGUUGGAGCUAACUGGCACGAUUAAACCAGGUACCGAGCACGCUCAGGUUUUGGACCAAUUGCAGGUAGAAAGAGAAAGGGGAAUUACAGUGAAAGCAGUUACAGCAUCAUUAAACUAUACAUACAACAAUGAAAAAUACCUUCUGAACUUGAUAGACACUCCAGGUCAUGUUGAUUUUGCUAAUGAGGUAGUUCGGAGUGUAACAGCUUGUCAAGGUGUUAUAAUGUUAGUAGAUGCUAAUGAAGGAGUUCAAGCACAAACAGUGGCUGUACACUCGCUAGCAAAACGAAACAACUUAACAAUUAUUCCUACAUUAAAUAAAGUUGAUUUGCCUCGAGCAGACCCUGACAAAGUAAAGGCUCAGUUAAAUUCUGUUUUUAAAAUUGACCCAAAAUCAGUAUUGAGUAUAUCUGCUAAAAAGGGUUGGGGUAUCCAGGAAUUACUAGAAGCAGUAAUUUGUAGAAUACCACAACCUUCUGUGGAUUCAAAGGGUUAUUUUAAAGCUCAUAUAAUUGACACAUGGCAUGACAAGUACAGAGGGAUUCUGUGUUUGGCAUAUAUACAAUCUGGAAAAGUACAAGUUGGGCAGGCUGUGAAGUGGAGGUCCGAUUCUAAGCCACAUGUUGUAAAGUUCCUUGCCCUGUUGAGACCAAAUGAAGAGCCCAUUGAUGAAGCUAUAGCCGGACAAGUUGUUAUGGUAGGUUGUGGACCAAGAGGGGGAGGCAGUGUAGGCGAUCAGUUGCUGGAUAAAGAACUAGCGCAGAAUGAAGAUGCAGUGACAGUGUCCCCUGUCAAACACAUGGUAUACGCAGGCAUUUUUCCAGCUGAUCAAUCACAACAUCCUACACUUAAUGACUCUAUAAAAAAAUUGGCUUUGAAUGAUUAUGCAGUCGCUGUUACUCCAGAUUCAAGUCCAGCGUUAGGCCAGGGAUGGCGUAUAGGGUUCUUAGGACUUUUACAUUUAGAAGUAUUUACGCAGCGACUGCUUCAAGAGUACAAAGCUGAGGCUAUAUUAACCGCUCCAUCCGUACCAUAUAAAGUCAAAUUGAAAGGAGCAAAGGCAAUAAAGCAAUAUAAAGGAGAAGAAAUUAUUGUCACAAAUCCUGUGCACCUGCCUGAUGCGAACAAUAUAGAAGAAUACUAUGAGCCAUUCGUAAUAGGUACAAUAAUCACGCCCGUAGAGUACAUCGGUGCAGUGACAUCUCUUUGUAUCGACAGACGAGGCACACCGCUGCCUGCUAGCGCAGUUGACGACAGAAUGACAAUGUUGCAGUAUGUCUUACCUCUCUCCGAAGUUGUUAUAGACUUCCACGACACACUUAAAAGUAUAACUUCAGGAUUCGCCAGUUUUGAUUACCAGGAUCACGGAUUCCAUCCCAGUUCGUUAGUAAGAAUGGAUAUUCUUAUCAAUGGCAUGUUGGUCGACGAGUUGUCCACUAUAGUGCACACCAGUCGCCUAGAAUACAAUGCAAGAAGGUUGACCGAGAAGCUCAAGGAGAUGAUACCUAGGCAAAUGGUUCAGGUGGCAAUUCAAGCCGUGGUUAAUGGUAAAGUUUUCGCCAGAGAAACUUUGAAAGCCUACAGAAAAGAUGUUACUGCUAAAUUGUAUGGGGGUGACGUCACACGCAGAAAAAAGUUGUUAAAGCAGCAAGCAGAAGGAAAGAAAAAAAUGCGGAGUGUUGCAAAUAUUAGGAUACCUAGAGACACUUUCAUUGAUGUUCUUAAAAGAUAA